AUGCUGCGCUUGCCGGGUAUGCCGAUGCUACCAGGAGCACAAUUCUAUGAUUACAGCAAGCGACAUCAUCCACGCCGACAGACCCUAUUGCAUUAUCAGGGCAUACACAUGCUAGCAGACCGGCGAGAGCUGGAGCUAGUGGAGCCCAAUGGCAUUAUUGUGGAUCCAAAGUGCCCGCCAGUGCCGGCGCAGAUAACCUCGCUCUGGGCGCCUAAGCUGACGACCAAACUGCCCCCUUGGCUGGCCUACGACAAGCAAGUGCUCUGCUUCAGUGCUUACUUCAAGGAGCCGUUGACCGAGAUUUACCAUGCGCCCUAUCAGGUGCGCAAGGUUAAGAUCUAUUUCUAUCUGGAAGACGGUACCAUGCAGAUCACAGAGCCCAAGGUGGAAAACUCGGGCAUACCCCAAGGCUGUCUAGUGCAUCGACAGCGCAUACCCAAGGCGCCGCCCAGUGAGCGUGAAUUCCUAAGCAUCUUCGAUUUGAAUGUGGACAACGAAGUGCAGAUCUUUGAUCGCGUCUAUCACAUAAGUGAUUGUGAUAUAUUCACGCGACAAUUUCUCACACGUGCGGGCAUUGCAGUGCCCGUGGGUUUAAUGGAGCCCAAUGAUCCCACCACUGAGAUACGCAAGCGUUCCGCGCUUAAGCAAACAGCUCGUCCGGACACCAGCGCCCUGCCCAAGCGCCAUGCAUUUGCUCAAUUUCUCGAAUUUGAUCGUCGCGUGCUCAAGUUCCAGGGCUACUGGAACGAUACGUCCGAGUACGGUGAUGUGCGUCGUCUCGAUAUUUGCUACUAUUUGGCAGAUGAUACUAUUGACAUUAAGGAGAAAUAUCCACGCAAUUCAGGACGCGAGGGUCCCAAUACGUUUCUCAAGCGCGGCAAGUUGCCCAAAGAGUUUACGGGCCUGGCGUUGCCGGGACAACAGACAGCCGUCACCCUGUUGAAUGUGCUGGGCACGAGCAUGCGCGAUGUGCGCUAUGUAGCGGAUCCUUUGAAUACAGGACAACGGCCCGUGCAGUACUAUACGGUGGAGGAUCUUAAGAUAGGCGCAGCAUUGAAUGUGUUUGGACGCGAGGUGGUGCUGAUCAGCUGCGAUCAGUUUACGCAGCAUUUCUACAGGGAACAGUUUGGCAUUCAAGACUUCACGCCGCUGCCGCUGCCCUGCACCAGUGAUGAACGCAUUUAUACGCAGAAUCCGGCACGGCGUUUGCCGCCCUACAACGGCUGGGGCAGCUAUGAGGACUCCGAAGGCAAUUGCAUAACAGUCGAGCCCAAGCCGCCACAGGCGGACUUUAAAAAGCUCGUCAAGUACGAUGGCUGCAUUCUGCGCUUUGGCGCCAAGCUCAUGUCGGUCAUAAAGGACAACUGCGAGCGCAGUUUUGUCAUCAGUUAUUAUCUAGCGGACGAUACGCUGCAGAUCUAUGAGGUGGCCAGACGAAACUCGGGCUUCCUGGGCGGCGAGUUUCUCAAGCGCGCUCGUGUGCCGCUGCCAGGACAACAAAUGUUUGGCUCUGCCAGACCGCAAUACUACAACGCCAAUGAUUUCUAUAUAGGCGCAACAAUGAAUCUCAAGGAUCACAUAUUUCAUGUCAUAUCAGCAGACGAGUUUACGCUGCUCUACAUGGAGCAGCAUGCCAAUGAGUUUCCUGUGGCCAACAUACGCAUUAUUAUGCAAAAAAUACGCGAUGCAGUGCGUCCGGCUUACAAGCAAUUUGUGCUGCGCUGCAAGCCAGACGCCAAACUGGGUCCCGGCACCGUCAUAAGCUAUGAUACCAUGCGCGCUGCUCUGCUUGGCUAUCUGUCCAAGGAGUCGCUGCUCAAUCACGAAAUCGUUACCGUGUGUCGUCACUUCUCCGCCGAGCAGAGCCUGGCGCCCAGCUGUGAUCGCCAGCAAGUGCGCGCCGCUGCGCAGCUGGAGCUGAAACGCGCACUCUGGAACAAUCUGCCUGAGCUCACCGAGCACUUGAGUCACAUCAAUCCCAGCUGCAGGCCGUACAUAGCCGAAGCCAAAGUGCGCGCCACACUGCGAGGCUGUCGUCUGCCCUUUAGCUUGGAGCUGGUGGAGGAUAUAUUGCAGGUGCUGCAGCGCAAUGCGCAGGGCGAGAUUGAAGUGCGUGAUGUGCUGGGCUUCUUCAAUAUGAGUGCGGAUCAGGUGCCAGAUAUAGCGCCGCUUAAUAUUGCCUUUGAGUUGUGUCCGAAGCUGCCGUUCCUGCAUAAAGGUCGUCUGGUGGACUUUAAUUGGUUUCUGGACUACUUGGGGCUGGAGGAGGAGCUUGUGCGUGCCAACAUCUAAGGCCAGCGUUGAGUUCAAUCAACUUCGAUAUACACCUUGACAUAUACAUUAUUAUUAACAUUUGCUUAAAGUUCAAACAAGUUCACU